CAACAGCGUGUGCCUGAUGCAACUCACUCACUCAAAAAAAUUCGAUAAAACUAAAAAUAUUUAGCGUUAAAGAUGUUGAUGUUUUGUCCGACGUGUGCUAACGUUCUCGUAGUUGAAGAGGGACCACAAUGUUACAGAUUUGCGUGCCAUACGUGUCCAUUUAUUCACAAUGUGACGAGAAAGAUUUCCAGCAAGAAGUUCCCGCGACUGAAGGAAGUUGAUGAUGUACUGGGAGGAGCAGCAGCCUGGGAGAAUGUAGACUCAACAGCUGAGAAAUGUCCGAAGUGUGAACACGCGAGGGCGUACUUCAUGCAGAUACAGACCCGCUCAGCUGAUGAACCUAUGACGACCUUCUACAAAUGCUGCAGCCCGGAGUGUGGACACCGAUGGCGGGACGCCGGUUAAUGAAUUUCCACCACAUGUAUUUGUAUUGAUGUUCAACUAUUAUAUUAGUCUUGAAAGCAAAUAAUAUACAACAUUUCAUAGGAUCUGAUAAGGUACAAUUUUAUAAAGCUGCUUUUAAAAGCAGAGAAUAUUGCUGAACAGUUUUAUGCUAAGCAGAUAUGAGUAG